CGCCAGCUUCCGCCGUUACUUCCCACGCGACUUCCUGCGGAGAACAUGGCGGCACUGAGCGGUGUCCGCUGGUUGACCCGAGCGCUGGUCUCCGCCGGGAACCCUGGGGCAUGGAGAGGUCUGAGUACCUCGGCCGCGGCGCACGCUGCAUCGCGCAGUCAGGUAUGCACGAAUCUGGCCAGGGUCUCGCUCACGACCCUGUCCCUUCCUCGCUGCCCUCUCCCCUGGCUUUCCCCCACCCCUCCCGGGUUUCCCCACUUCCCUACUCCCAGGAUCACUGCUCCCGUCCCAGCCCUAUCUUUGCUUCUCCGCACUUCCCCCAUUCAGGCCGAGGACGUGAGGGUGGAGGGCUCCUUUCCCGUGACCAUGCUGCCGGGAGACGGUGUAGGGCCUGAGCUGAUGCACGCCGUCAAGGAGGUGUUCAAGGCUGCCGCUGUCCCGGUGGAGUUCCAGGAGCACCACCUGAGUGAGGUGCAGAAUAUGGCAUCCGAGGAGAAGCUGGAACAGGUGCUGAGUUCCAUGAAGGAGAACAAAGUGGCCAUUAUUGGAAAGAUCCAUACCCCAAUGGAGUAUAAGGGGGAGCUAGCCUCCUAUGAUAUGCGACUGAGGCGUAAGUUGGACUUAUUUGCCAACGUAGUCCAUGUGAAGUCACUUCCUGGCUAUAUGACUCGGCACAACAAUCUAGACCUGGUGAUCAUUAGGGAGCAGACAGAAGGGGAGUACAGCUCUCUGGAACAUGAGAGUGCAAGGGGUGUGAUUGAGUGCUUGAAGAUUGUCACACGAGCCAAGUCUCAGCGGAUUGCAAAGUUCGCCUUUGACUAUGCCACCAAGAAGGGGCGGGGCAAGGUCACUGCUGUCCACAAGGCCAACAUCAUGAAACUUGGGGAUGGGUUGUUCCUGCAGUGCUGUGAGGAAGUUGCUGAACUGUACCCCAAAAUCAAAUUUGAGACAAUGAUCAUAGACAACUGCUGCAUGCAGCUGGUGCAGAAUCCUUACCAGUUUGAUGUGCUUGUGAUGCCCAAUCUCUAUGGGAACAUUAUUGACAAUCUGGCUGCUGGCCUUGUUGGGGGAGCUGGUGUGGUCCCUGGUGAGAGCUAUAGUGCAGAGUAUGCAGUCUUUGAGACGGGUGCCCGGCACCCAUUUGCCCAGGCAGUGGGCAGGAAUAUAGCCAAUCCCACGGCCAUGUUGUUGUCGGCUUCCAACAUGCUGCGGCAUCUCAAUCUCGAGUAUCACUCCAGCAUGAUUGCAGAUGCGGUGAAGAAGGUGAUCAAAGUUGGCAAGGUGCGGACUCGAGACAUGGGCGGCUACAGCACCACAACCGACUUCAUCAAGUCUGUCAUCGGUCACCUGCACCCCCAUGGGAGCUAGAGCCCUUUAUUUCAAGGACCACACUCCCCAUACCGUUCAGUGCAGUGGACCAGAAGAGACUUUGCGCCUCUAGGCAGUGUACCAUGGUCACCUUACUGGGCAGGGCCUAGGUUGUCCUUGGGCUGGCUUCCUUAGGGAACAGACUGCUGGGUGGUGAUGGGGAUUUUGUUGGGAUGGAGCCCAGGCCACAUGGAUGAUGAUGAUUCUCCCCCACAGGUUCGAACCUCUGACAUGGGUGGCUAUGCUACUUGCCAUGACUUCACUGAGGCUGUCAUUGCUGCCUUGCCUCACUCAUAGGCCCUGUCCAUACCCAUCUAAGGUGUUCAAUAAAAAGCAUGAACCAA